UUAUUUAUUUUUACGAAAUAAAGUCUUUCAUUCAUUCAUAAUUCAUAAUAACAAUAUAUUUUUUUAAAUAAAGCCAUGCUUUUAUUCAGCACCAUUCUACAAGCUCUUUGGAUGUAUUAUUUUAAACAUUUUUCUACAUAUAUUUUUUUUUAACAAUAACACCUUUAAUAAUUUAUUUAUAUAGCCUACUAGCAUGUUGGUGUUUUUUUUUUUUUUUUUAAAUCUGAACCAUACUUUUAAUUAGUCCUCAGUUUGGAAUAAUGAUGUUGCUCCAUGUGUUUUCUGAACCUCAGUUAGCUGCUUUUUAAGCUCAGUAAUCCGAAUUAGAGCCUCUGGUGACCAUCUGCUGUCUACACACACUGGCACUACUUUGUUACUGCAUUCACCUCAGCCCGCCUCCUCUGUGAGCGUGCGUCUCUCUCUCUGUGUGUGUGUGUGUGUGUGUGGAGGGGGGGUUAUUGCCUACCGGGCGGAGUAAUUCGUGUUGGUAUCUAUUGAGUGCAUGUGUGUGUGUGUGUGUGAGUGCGUGCUUCGGUUGCUGCUGCUUGUCACUCAUUGUGCCGUGAACACGGGUAGCGACAAGGACCAAAAAUCCGUCCGGUAGCAGUUUGUUGUCCCUGCUGGAAAAGGCUCUGCUAUCUCCUCUCCUCUACCUCUCCAGUAGAGACACCUCGCUGUUUUAAAGUGCGUUCUGCUCUUCAAGGAGAAAUAUCUGUGACACAUUACAAUGCUUCAAAUAAGGGACCUCAUCUGGGGAUUGCUUUUCUUCAUUGGCUGCGCAGCCGCCAUCCAGGUGCAAAUCACUCCGACACAAGGAGAGAUCAGCGUAGGAGAGUCCAAGUUUUUCCUCUGUGAAGUGGUGGGAGAUGCUAAAGACAUCGACUGGUACGCCCCCAGUGGGGAGAAGAUCCUCCCCAACAGGCCAGACAUCUUCGUGAGCCGCAGUGAUGAAACGAUGUCGACCCUCACCAUAUACCACGCCAACGUGGACAGCGCCGGUAUCUACAAGUGUGUGGCAAAGAACGGGGACAAGGAGGCCCAGGCCACAGUCCAAGUGAAGAUCUUCCAAAAGAUCACCUUUGAGAGCGCUCCCAGCCCACAGGAGUUCAACGAAGGCGACGACGCCGACAUCGUCUGCGAAGUGGCCAGCUCGCCACCACCCACCAUCAUCUGGAAGCAUAAGGGCUCCAAGAUCCAGGUUGCCAAAGAUGUGCGAUUCAUGAUCAUGGAAAACGACCACCUGCAGAUCCGCGGCAUCAAGAAGACAGAUGAGGGCAUGUACAACUGUGAGGCUCGUGUCAUGGCCAGGGGAGAAAUUGACUUCAGGAUGAUCAAGGUCGUUGUUAACGUGCUUCCCACCAUCCGUGCCAGGCUGUCAGAGGUCAACGCUACAGCAGACAUCGGUAGCUCCGCUCUGCUGGCCUGCGAUGCGGACGGCUUCCCUGAACCCACCGUCACCUGGGCACAUAACAACGUUGUCCUUGAAACGGGCGAUAAGUACAGCCUGAACGAGGAUGGUUCAGAAUUGGUAAUAAAAGAUGUCAAGAAAGUGGAUGAAGGAGAUUACACUUGCAUCGCCAAGAACAAGGCAGGAGAGAAAGCCGAGGAAGUCAGCCUGAACGUGUUCGUGCAACCCAAGAUAACCUACCUGAAUAACCAGACUGCCUCGGAGUUUGACGAACAAGUGACCCUGACUUGUGAGGCCUCGGGAGACCCCACUCCCACCAUCUCCUGGAGUUUCCAGGACAGGGUAUUCACUGAAGGAGAGCAGGCUUCUUGGACGCGACCAGACAAAUAUGAGAGCCUUGAUAGAAAUAUUGUGGUACGCAGCCACGCACGGGUGUCCUCGCUCACCUUGAAAAACGUCCUGUUCACGUACGCCGGCCAGUAUCUCUGCACCGCCAGCAACUCCAUCGGCCAGGACAACCAACACAUGUACCUGGAGGUCCGCUAUGCUCCAAAGAUCUUGGGUCCAGUGGUGUUGUACACGUGGGAGGGGAACGCAGCUAACAUCAGCUGCGAGGUCGAUGCUCACCCCGGAGCCUCGGUGGUCUGGUUCAGAGACGGCGUCCAGGCGCCCUCCGCCAACACCACCAACAUGAAGAUCUACAACACGCCGACCAUCAGCUACCUGGAGGUUACCCCUGAUUCGAAUGACUUUGGGAGCUACAACUGCACAGCAACCAAUGUGAUGGGCUCCGAGUCUAGGGAGUUCCUUCUGAUCCAAGCAGAUGUGCCAUCAUCGCCAGAACUUUGGCAAGUGGAACCUUUCUCCAGCACAGCGGUGGUGAAGUUCAGGGAGCCCGACUCCAUGGGUGGAGUUCCCAUCAUCAAGUACAAAGUGGAAUGGCGUUUGCCUGGCCAGGAUUGGACUGGCAUUGAGCACGACGCUAAGGACGACAUGUCCACGAUCACCAUCGCUGGCCUGAAGCCAGAGACCACCUACGAGGUCAAGAUGUCCGCCAUCAAUGGCAAGGGCGAAGGCGAGAGCACCCCGGUCGACACUUUCAAGACCGAGCCAGUCCGGUAUUCUUUCACAAUUUCAUCAGAGACAACACCCCCUAUUGCUACCACCACUAUGGCCCUUAAAGGGGAACCCAGUGCCCCCAAACUAGAAGUCAAGGUCCAAGACCGGGGCAAUACUCUUAAGGUGAACUGGAUCAAGCAGGACGAUGGCGGCUCCCCCAUUAUGCACUACCUGAUCAGAUACAAGGCUAAGCAUGUAUCUGACUGGAAACCAGAGAUCCGCAUGCCCUCUAACAGUGAGUAUGUGACGCUGAGCGGCCUGGAGUGGAACACGGAGUACGAGGUUCACGUGGUGGCAGAGAAUCAGCGGGGCAAGUCGGUCCCGGGCAUCAUCUCCUUCAGAACAGCUACAGACCCCACCACCAUCCCAGACGCCAUGGACAGUGGCUCAGGCCUGGGCACCGGAGCCAUCGUAGGGAUCCUCAUUGUUGUCUUCUUCCUGCUGUUGGUGGGCGUCGACGUCACCUGCUACUUCCUCAACAAGUGCGGACUCCUCAUGUGCAUCGCUGUGAACUUCUGUGGGAAGGCCGGGCCGGGCGCUAAGAGCAAGGACAUUGAGGAGGGCAAGGCCGCAUUCACGAAAGAUGAGUCUAAGGAGCCCAUUGUUGAGGUGAGAACAGAGGAAGAAAACACCCCAAACCAAGAAGGAGGGGGUCCCACUGAGCCCAACGAGACCACACCUUUGACAGGACCUGAGCCUGCUGCUGCAGACACCACCUCCACGGUGGUAAACUUGCUCCCCUCCACUGCCACUAACUCAGUCGCUGAGAGCUUUAGCACGGCGCAAAGCAGUCCUGCUAGCGAGAGCACCACGCUAACCACCAGCGUCUCCAGCCCAACCAAAGCCAAGUCCUCCCCCCAAAACAACCCUGCUACCCAGUCCAGUUCGCUUAACGCUAACACCCAACCUGAUGUUGGGCCCCUGGUCGACCUGAGCGACACCCCCAAAGCUCCCCCCUCGUCCACCCCAACACCCCCUGUCUCAGAGCCAAUCAGCCCGCCCUCCGCUAAUGCCGACAAAGUCCCUGACAGCACCCAGAAUAAGGACUUACAAGUAGACGGCCCGACCAAGGAUGCGCCCAAUGCCCUGUGCACAGACUCGACCACACCAGCCCAAAAUGACGGUAAGGCUGUGAAGGACGAUAACACCAAAGGAGAGACGGAGGUGAAGAACGCCAACGCCGAGGUGAAGACAGUCCCCAACGAGGCUCCCCAGACGAACGGCAACGAAAGUAAAGCGUAAUCUCCUCGCCCAAGAGCCGCGGGAAGAAGAGGGUGGUAGGGGUAAGGAGGGUGGUAGGGUGUGGGGUUUUUAAGGUUAAAGGGAGGGGGGGGUCACAGUCACUGAAACCUCAAGGCAAUGUCACACACCACCCCAUCGCAUCAGAAAAAAAGCAACAGAAAAGCUAAAAAAAAAGAAAUCAUGGGUCUCUUUCUACAGUGUCUUCUGACCAGGAAAAUGUAAAGACCUCAUGCACAUGCCUUAGUUCCUUUUUACGUCAGUUUUGCUUAUUUGUCACAGAAAAAGAAAACAAAAUUCAUACUUGUAGGUCACCCUCUCUCUUAUAUGUAAUAUGAAAUUGUUAAAUACGGAAACUGUUUUCCUGUAGAUAACCAUGGUUGGACUGUAGCUUUACUUUCAACAGAUUACUGCCCUCAUGGUGUACACACACAUGUAAGACUGGUACAUUACCAAUACUCCUAUUCCUUAUGCAGUAUGGUCAUCAUCGUGGUAAUGGAUUAUGGGUCUUUCUUUCUUUGUCGAUAUUUUGUUGUGUUUAAAUAAUGUGCAGAAGUUACUGCCUAUUUAGCUUUUUUAAUGUGUUAUUUCCAGAGAUUAGAACAUUAGCAUGCCUGUUUUUUGCAAAAGUUACUGUAUUUCUGUACACGUUGCUGUCAUUUGGUUCCUCUUUAGAUGUUUUUUUUUGUUUUCUUAAAUGUUGUCUCCAUAUGGUUCUGGUCGAGAAAUCGUUUAGCCUAAGCUAUGAGAAACAGAAGAAGACACCGGGGAAAGAUUUAUCAUGCUAUUAAAGUCAAGGUUCAGGCGUUUCAACCCUGUCUCCCUAAAAAUUAUCUUCAUACAGAACAUGUAUAUUGGUAAAUGGUUUUGCCCAAUACGUUAUGAAAGAAAAGAUUUUGUUACUUUUGCAGAUACGUUUAUUAAAAUGUUUAUUAUGUUGAUAAAAAUCUUAAUCUGGAUGACAUUAAGUUUCUUUCACAACGUAUUUGCUGUUGCAACUUAGCUGUAUAUGAGCGUCAUUUUUAGGAGACAGAGUAGUUGGGUUUAGGGUAAGGGAAUGGUCACAUAGAAGAUUCACUCCGGUCUCACCAAAUGGUCUAUGAAUGACAUGGCAAUUUGUUAAGUCAUUUUGCAUGCAUUACAAUGCCGCGCUUGCUUUUGGCGUGUCAUUUCACGCCAAGUAGUCUGAACUGACUGCAAUGUAAAGGCAUCCACGUGAACAUGCUACACUCAGAGCUAGUGACGUAGAAUAAAAAGUGAGAAUGACUGCUUGUGGUGGGCGGGUCAAGCAAACACAAGAUGUUUGUGACGUGUUUUCCGUACUUACGUUGCGUUGUUUACGUAUGUAUUUCACCUAGUUUACGUACUUAUUUAUAGCCCACCCAUGAUGUUUUUCCUAAACCUAACUAAGUGGUUUUGUUGCCUAAACAUAACUGCGACCGUUUCACGGUAACGGCGUGGCAUGAAAUGACACACAAAAAGCCUACAAUGCGUUAUCAAGACACGCGGAAUGUCUUUAAAAUGUCGUGCUAUUUAUACGUUUUCCCAUGAGAUCAGGUUGGAAGAUUACAGCUGUGUUCAUUUUCAAGUCCACAUCCGUCAAAGUCCAAUUUUCAAUACUUGUUAAGUCAUAACAGGUCAACUCGGGUCUUAAGUAUCCAAUAAACCCACCGGUCAAUUGUUCAUACUGCUUUCAGUCCUCAUCAACUUGUGAAGUCAGAAAAUGAUCAUGUGACCAAAUAUACCAGGUGUAUUCACGUGAGCACUGGUAAAUAUGAACUGGACUAAUGAAAAGGGAUGAUACAUGUAAAUAAUGCCCAUUGUUUCUUCUUGGAAGUAGUAGUGAAAGUUGAAUGGAUAGAUUUACCAGUAACAUGGUACACUGCCACUUAUCCAUUGUCUUGAAAUGCCAGAACUCUGCCUGAACUAUGAACUAUCCUGGGCAGUUUGAGGGCAACUUCCUGUUGGUCAUUUUUUGACCUCACAACUUGAUGAGGACCACCCAUUAGUUUUGGUCUCUGUGACGCUUGGGAUGGGAACUAGACAUGAUGAAUCCUCUCAUCUCGUUCGGGAGCCCGCUAGCCUUCAGUGCCAGUUCUUCGAAGGAGGCGACGCCUAUAAUGGGACACAGCUUAUGUGUGCGUUGCUAACAUUGCCAAUAGGUUUUCUUCCGGUCGAUGUGAGAACACACCUUUAUCUCGUUCUCUCUCACGCAUACACCUCACCCUUUCCAGAGGUCUCCUUUCAAACAUUUCGGACCAGUUCUUUCCGUGACAGGUUUGAGGCUUAACAGCGACUCAAAAGGCCAGGUGUGUUUUGUCGAAACACUUUCAGUCAGCAGGUUUGCACUGAGAAGUAGACAUGUUUGUUGAGAGAAAACAAGCCCUCGCAGGCUUGUUGGUCAAACUCGUUGAAUUCUUGACACAACAGCUUCCACUGCCUGCAAAUGGUCUCGAAUAUCAUGUUCAGUUUUGUUUUUUUUCUUUGGGGUUUACCAUCUCUACCUUCUUCUAUGGUUCAUAGCCAUUGUUGCCUUCUCUGUGCUAGCCACUAUUGUUCACUGCUUAUAAUCGACUGGCCUGAGGAUUCUGCACCUAUGAGUGACCAAACAUCUGUUUCUCUCAGCCGUCGCUCUCUCUCUCUCUCUCUUUCACCACAACUGUUGUCAGUGUGCGUUUGUGUCAUCACUGCUUCCACCAUCUUGCAGCUAAGUCUUUGAUCAGUGUGUGCCUGCAGUGAAGUGACAUGUAUUGUAGGUUUAGUACCGUUUAUCACUAAAUUAAAUUCACUAUCACUCUUAGCACAAGGUCCACUUACUGGAAAUGUUCUGGAAAAGGUCUGGAAAUCAUUAAAUGAGUCACAGUUGACAUAGAUAUUUUGUCUUUAUAUGUAACCCCUGGUUCGGAUAUUAAAGGCACUCUAAGAACAGGAAAUUCAGAUUAGAUAAGUUGAACAAAUAAUGCAAAGCCACACAGAGAACACACACAAUUGGUGUUUGGACGAGUUUUAAAGGACUACACUGACUUACUUGGGCAGUUUACCCAUCUGAUAGGACUGAUUACAUUAUCAUUAUCUGUGUCUCCGAUAGAUAUAUCUGUUCAUUGUGCAUGUUCAGUGCCCACAGACAGCUAGCAUUAUAAUAAACGGCAGCUGAGAACUGUUUUGUAUUUCAUUUAAUGUAAAUAAAGUUAUCUUUUUACUGCUGAAACAAACUACUAUAACCAUGAAAGCGGGCAGGAAACUGCAUUUACCAGUAGCAGUUAUUAGCAUCCUUGCUACGUUUGGUGUGGCAUGUCUAAGUCUGGAUGGUUAGCUCAAUUUGAUGCAGACAUCACCAGUCUAAACCAUGUUGUUAAAAAAAACAAUGAAAAAAAAUGUAACUCUAACCCAAAAUACUUUGCAUUUAGUGAAACAUUGUUCUCUAAAUGGUUUCUACAUUAGUUCCAAAUUCAGGUUGAGCUGGCCAAGCAGCAAAAACACUGCCAAAAACACACCAUAAGCUCAGAUUAUCAUCAGCUUGUUAUGUAACCAGCCUAUAACAGUUUAACUGUUUAUUUCAGUCGAGGUAGCUAAUGCUGGCCCUGUUCUGGUCAUCGUAGUAAUUUUGAGCACAUGCUGAUAUCGUCUACCAACAUCUGUUACCUUUCUACCAAUUUCACCAGCAUCAGACCAUCACUGUCCACCUGAGACCAGUUACAGACCAGCUCACACCAUCAACCAUCACGUUUUUUUACACUGUUGUACUCUUGGUUUAUAAUGGAUGUUAAUAAUAUUUUAGAUAAUGCCAAUUGGCUCUGGUUAUUUAGCGUACUAGAUGUUAACAUUUUAGCAUGCACACUGGACAGAAAUACCUAGACAGAGGUGACUUUGUUAACAGUCCUCAUUGCAUCGUUGGUAAGAUAACCAACAAGUUAAACUAACAGAAGCAGGGUAGCCCUUUCAAACUAAAAGCCCAAGCAGUCACAUGUCUAAGAAUCUCUAGGGAAAACCACUGAGUAGCAUAACUCUGAUAUUUGGAUUAAAUGGAGAGACUAAUACUGGAUCUGUGUCUAUAAAUGAACUAGUGCAAUGCCUGGUUGGGGCGAGUCCAAAUUGCACCAAUUUUUGCAUUGAAUUUGGUGUCCAAAUUGCACCAAAGUUGACACUGCGUGACCUUAGGUCACCAGUAAUACACCCCCCAAGUGUGAGGUAGAUCGGAUGAGCAGUUCUCAAGUUAUUCGAAGGACAUACCUACAUACACACAUACCCACAGACAGAUGGAGAUCCCUUGCUUUACAGUUAGAUCUACACAUUCAAGCCUAUUAAGCCUUUCAGUGGUCCUUUUCAAGAAAACUGAAUGAAGAAGAAAUCUGGCUUCUUUUAACUAACCAGUAAGGAAAUUGAUGUGUGGUGUUUUGAAGGUCUUCUUUUAUGCAUAGGAAGUCAAUGAAAGGAUUUCAAAAAGUUCUCUCUCAAGCCAUAGUACCUUGCUGUGGUAAAGAAGUGAGUCUGACCUUUCUAUUUUUGUUUGUACAGUGUUCCUCCUACUUUAGACUGCAAGCUAGUACACUGUGAAUGUGUGAAUCCAUUGUGUCCUUUGUCAUAGAGUUGAGCAAAUAGUUUUGAUUGUGAAAAGACGUAGCUGAUAGUAUGCAACAGAAUUUUCCAACGCCAACGUACAGAAGUCUAACAGCAGCAAACUGGAAAGACACAGUGCCUUUUGAAUAUGAAAGUGGUGGCAUGCAUUCCAUUCCUCUCAGUGUCUGUCCAUUAAAGGUUUCACAUCUCCAUGAUUCUGCCGAUUUGCUUUUUCAUUCACUACAUUUCACAGCUGUGAGUCGAGCAGCGCUUUGUUCAGAUUGUGUCGUAUAUUCAGAAUGGCUGAGUCAAUGUGUUCUGGUACGUAUGAUGCAUCCUUUAUGCUGUCCAUGUUAAAGGAUGAUUCUGGUUCAUUACAGACAUUACUUUGGUAUGUUUUGCCAUCAUUUCUAUCCUUAUGAUGAACAUUGUAGGAACACAAGUAGUCAGACUUUUUGAAACAAAGCCCCACGUUUGCCAAACUUAUUUGGAAAAGAAAACAAAUAUGAAUGGAAAAAUUACGAUACCGAAACCAUUAGACCCGAUCCAACAUUACCAACAUUUCAGGAGCACUCACAUUCAGUUUUAUUUUCAAAUAAAGUGGUUUACAAGCUGCCUGACUGCUUUUGUUUCUUACACAGUCAACAAUUUUAGCAUAACAAAUAGAAAUGAUGGCAAGAGCUACAAAACUAAGCCAGAAUUACACUUAAAAGAAAACAUUUGGACAUACUGACAUCUCAUCUUAGAUAACUGACAUCACUAGAGAACCACAUCUAGCAAACCAUUAUAUUACAUAAGUUUAAGACACAAUGACACUUUGCUCAGGUCCCAUAUUCUCUAAAAUAUCUGAAAUUGUUGGAUUUGUCAAGAGAAAGCAUGCAAAAUAUAUUAGAAAUGAAUAUCAGUUUUUGAUAUGGAAAAAAAUAAUAAUGAAGGCUUCAUGUAUUGUAUUGAUCUUUUUUCAAGUGUUGUGUAACUUGUAACCUGUGUCCCCAAACGUUUUAAUUUUGCUAUAAAGAAAACUGUUUUCGCUUCACAAAGCUCUGAAAUGUAAUUAAAAAAGAAAAAAGGAAUAGUUGUCAUAAGCAAAUUUUACUGUUUCUGCUGAAAUACAGUGUGAAAAUAUACAAAAAAGAACCAUGUUGUUUUGUUUCGUCCACAAACAAGCUUGAAAAUGUUCUGGAAUUGCAAAUGUGGGACCAGUUUUUGUGCAAGUUUACAUGAAAACUUUUUCUGCCCAUGUCACUGCUCCUGAAAUUCAUUUGUGGAGGACAUUGGGUGAGCCAGUUCCCCUUUUCUUUCAGAUACCUCAGCAAUGCAAGAAUGACACAGAGGCAGCCUUGCAUUUUUCCCUUUGAGUUCACCGCUUGAUUCAGUCAGAAUGAAGACAUCUAGCAGAUUUUUUCAUCUUGCUCAGCGAUUGCAAGGAGACAAAGCAACAUGAAUUUUUCAGUGUUUGAAAAAGAGAAAAACAUCCUGCCAAGGUUCUCUGCCUCACAGUGAGAAUCGCCAACACACAACUGUGCAACACCCGACUGCUUCAUAUUCAGUCAGGUGGGAGACUUGAGCCUCCACUGGCAACAGCUGGUCCCUGUCAUUGAUCCAGAGCUCCCUGUUCUUCAGCUCUUCUCCCUGUAAACAGCAGCUCUCACACUGUAGGUCAAGCAUUGGUAGGCUCCCACUGCUCUGUCUGUCUGUCUGUCCGUCCGUCUGUCCUCUGUCACCGGUGUAAAUACUGAGUACUAACUGAGGAAAGGAGGGAAACACAUUUUGACUUUGCAUUCUGCCAGAAAUUCUUGUGUUCAAUAAAGGUAAAGAAAAAACAAAAA